GUGUCGUCAUUGGCUGCCUAUUAGAAAACUACAGGACAAUGCAUACCACCGCCUGCUGACUGUAAACAUAGGGGAUGUGUGUUCACUUAGCAAGGACUUCUGGGAGGGGCCAAGGAAGGGCGGUCUGCAGUUUUAUUGAAUAGAGCAGUGUGCUUUAGGCGGCCUGCCUGCCUGCCUGCUUGCUCUCUCGUUGUGUUGCUUAAAGGGACCUCAGCUUCCUUCCCGACGGCGCGAGCGACGCGACGGUCCUCCUCCUGGGGAAGAAGCUGCUGCCUGAGAGAUAAUCGAUAACAGAUUUCUAGACCGACCAGUCCAGCCCACAGGGUUGGUGUCCAAAGAUUCAGAAGUAGCCAUCUGACUGCUUCCCUAUCCAGAUAUUAUCUGGGCUCCCUAAACCUGCAACCUCACUAUGGAUGACUUUGAACGUCGCCGAGAACUCAGGAGGCAAAAGAGGGAGGAGAUGCGGCUGGAAGCGGAGAGAAUCGCCUAUCAGAGGAACGAUGAUGAUGAAGAAGAGGCUGCCAGGGAACGGCGUCGCCGAGCCCGGCAGGAAAGGCUGCGUCAGAAGCAAGAGGAAGAAUCCUUGGGGCAGGUGACUGACCAGGUGGAGGCUCAUGCCCAGAACAGUGUUCCUGAUGAAGGGUCUAAGCCAGCCACCACGAACACUCAGAUAGAAGGUGAUGAGGAGGCUGCCUUACUGGAGCGCCUGGCUAGGCGUGAAGAGAGACGCCAGAAACGCCUCCAGGAAGCCCUAGAGCGUCAGAAGGAGUUUGAUCCAACAGUAACAGAUGCCAGUCUGUCCGUCCCAAGCGGAAGUAUGCAAAAUGACACGGCAGAAAAUGAAACAGCAGAGAAGGAAGAGAAAAGGGAGAGUCGUCCAGGACGAUAUGAGGUGGAAGAAACAGAAGUCGUCACCAAGUCCUACCAGAAGAACAGCCAUCAGGAUGCUGAAGACACAAAGAAAGAAGAAAAGGAGGAGGAGGAGCUGAAGGGAGGGAGCGUUGGCGAAAAUCAGGUAGAGGAGACGGUAGAAGAGAAAACACCAGAAACCCAAGAGGAAGCUGUGGUAAUGGUAUUGGAAAAUGGGCAAGUCAGUGCGGAGGAGUCCAAAGUAGAGGGGGAGAGGGCACAAGACACAGAGGAGCUAGCCCGUCAAAAAAGGAUGGAAGAGGAAGAGAGAGAGAGAGCCGAGGCAGAGAGGCUGAGGUUGGAAGCAGAAGAAAGAGAAAGACUCAAAGCUGAGCAGGACAGAAAGCUAGCAGAGGAACAGGCAAGAAUUGAAGCCGAACAAAAGGCAGCUGCGGAAGAAAGAGAAAGGAGGGAAGCCGAGGAGCGGGCAAGGGUUGAGGAAGAACAGAGACGAAUGGCUGAGGAGCAGCAGAGGGCCAAGGCAGAGGAGGAGGAGAAGGCUAGGCUAGAGGAGCAAAGACGGAAAAAGCAGCUAGAGGAACAAAGGAGCGAGAAGCAGGAAGCAAAGGACAAGGGUGAGAAGGGGGUUGAGAAAGCAGAAAGGAAAGGACAAGAAGACAGACUUCAGCCAGCUGUCCCGAAGCAGCAGGAAAAGGAUGAAGAAAAGAGAGCUAAAGGGCAAGCUCCAAAGUCCCAAGAUGACAAGGCCGCCUCCAAAAAGGAAGAGAUCAAAGAUGAGAAGAUUAAGAAGGACAAAGAACCCAAAGAAGAAGUCAAGAGCUUCUUGGAUCGAAAGAAGGGAUUUACAGACGUGAAGGCACAGAAUGGAGAAUUCAUGACUCACAAGCUUAAACAAACCGAGAAUGCUUUCAGCCCCAGCCGCCCCGGAGGCCGGGCCGGUGGGGACAAGGAAGCCGAAGGGGCUCCACAAGUGGAAGCCGGGAAGAGGCUGGAGGAGCUGCGCCGGCGCCGUGGGGAGACUGAGAGCGAAGAGUUUGAAAAACUCAAACAAAAGCAACAGGAGGCAGCCUUGGAGCUGGAAGAGCUGAAGAAAAAGAGGGAAGAGAGGAGGAAGGUCCUGGAGGAAGAGGAGCAGAAAAGGAAACAGGAGGAGGCUGAACGAAAAGCUAGAGAAGAGGAAGAGAAGAGGAGGCUAAAGGAAGAGAUUGAAAAGAGAAGGGCAGAAGCUGCUGAGAAACGCCAGAAGAUGCCAGAAGAUGGCUCGUCUGAGGACAAGAAGCCAUUCAAGUGUUUCACCCCCAAAGGCUCAUCUCUCAAGAUAGAGGAACGAGCAGAGUUUUUGAACAAGUCAGUGCAGAAAAGUGGUGUCAAAUCGACGCAUCAAGCAGCAGUAGUCUCCAAGAUUGACAGCAGGCUGGAGCAGUAUACCAACGCAAUCGAGGGAACAAAGGCUUCCAAACCUCCUAAGCCUGCAGCCUCGGAUCUCCCUGUCCCUGCUGAAGGGGUCCGCAACAUCAAGAGCAUGUGGGAGAGAGGGAAUGUGUUCUCCUCCCCCUCUGCCUCGGGAACACCAAAUAAGGAAACCGCUGGCCUGAAAGUGGGAGUUUCCAGCCGCAUCAAUGAAUGGCUAACAAAAUCACCAGACGGCAACAAGUCACCUGCUCCAAAGCCUUCUGACUUGAGGCCAGGAGAUGUAUCUGGCAAGCGGAACCUCUGGGAAAAGCAAUCUGUGGAUAAGGUCACUUCCCCCACUAAGCAGGUUUGAAACAAUCGGAGAAAGAACCCAACUGCGAGACGUCUUGCUGGGUCAGCUCGGUUGUAGGGGGCUAACUGCUCUGUUCAUAUUUAUGUCAAUUUACUAAAUUGGGUUCAUUUUCCUUUUUUAAAAAUAAUUCCAAUAUCCCAGUAAACCCAUGUAUAUGCUCACUAUAUUUAAUAAUCACAACUAGAGAUGUUCGUGGCCACAGUACUGCCUUUGCAGUAGAGCCUGUUGCUAAAGAAACCCGUGCUGUGAAAUAGACUCGCUACUGUCUGCUGUCAUCUGAGCAGUGACGUCAACCACAUUGGAAGUCAACAAAAGGAAUUCAAGAUUAAGAUUAUCUGAGGAAUGCAUGCGGUAUGGGGGGGGGGAGGGAGGGGAAUGAACCGUAGGUUUUGUUUCAAUACAGACAUCAUGUUUCUGCACUUUAGAUUAAAGCAUGGAAGAAAUUAUCUAAGUAGGCAAUUGAGACUAUCUGAAAGGAACCCAUUUCAGAUCUGAUACAGGGCAAUAAUGAUUGUCUUUUUUUUUAAAAAAAAGAUGUACUGUUGAGAUAUUGCUUUUUUAUGUGCUGAUUCAUAUACCUAAAUUGGAUGAGUAUUUUAGCUGACUGGUACUGAUUUUUUUUUCCAGGAUGAUUGCUUUGUGGAUUUCUUUGGUAGCAAUAGUAGCCUGAACCACAUUUAGAUAACACAACUAUGUAAUGUAUGUGCAUAUAUGUAUACAGACACACCAAUGGUAGACUGCUCUUUCAUGUGCUAGACUAUUAUAUUCAGUAGUAUGUCCUUGUAACUAACCAAUAUCACAGCUUUUGAAGAUGAAAAUCACAAUAUUAUAUUAAUAUUUCAUAUUUGCUGGUAGAAACAUGAAAGUUAGGUAUAGUUAUGUUUUCAAUGCCCAAUGACUUAUAAGAAAAAUAUUGGAAAAAAGGAUUAGAAGUGUCAAAAUUAUUUGGAAUUUCUUAUAAGACAUAGUAUUUAGUUUAUAAUUGAGGGCAGUCUUGAAGUCCAGUGUGAAUUUAUUAAGUCUACCAUCUGGACCAAGCUCAACGCCUACUUAUUUGUAACAGUAAAAUUCCCCAAAAAGUUGACCUACAUGAUAUCUAAGGUGUCUUCUUUCUCUACUAUGUAAAGCCAAGCAUUUUGGUUACAGUAUUGCACAAAUCAGAACUCGUGUAGACACCUAACAAAGACCAACUUGCCUCGUGUAGAAGCAGAAGCUAAAGUGAGCAAAGACAUGGCAGUUCUAUCUGUAUGUACUCAGACUUUUUAAAUUAAGAUUGUCUGUCUUUUAUUAGUCAGUUGGUACUGUCCUAAGUUGAUAAUAUCUAACAAUCUCAAAACUAUAUGUAAAUUUUAAUAGUUUUAAUUUCCCCCUCAGGGUCUCUAGGAACUCCACCAUUCAGACAUCAGAUCCUGUAUUAGCUUAUGUCUUCAUUCUUCCCCGUAGAUAAUGAAAAGUACACCUGCGUCUUACAAAAUGUUCUUACAUAGAACAUUCUAUGCAUACAGUGUCAUUGUACAAACUCAUACCUCAGCUGACUUAACCAAAAUUAUCUUUGUCUCCAUUCCUUCCGCACUGGGAGAGCCUCCAAAAUAACUAAUCCCACAUAUUUCCCUUCAAGGGGGAAGGGUUGGCUUGAGGGGUAACCACUGCCUGAAAAGUCUAUUUUUCUCAUGAAUUAGUGAGAGUUAGUUGGAUUCCCUAGCUUUUAGCAAACUUGGGCCAAAGGAAGGAAAGCCACUAAGACUACACACGUCAUCUGCCCAUGACAGAGUAGACACAAGUCUACGAUAAGAUGAACUAGAAUGCACACGGUGCACCAUGGAAAUGACUUCCAUCAUUGGAGUAAAAUGGAUCAAAAUUCAAGUUCAGGCCGAGGUGAGGAGACACGGCCGUGUUAGAGUGCUGACAAAGGCCUUCUCCUGACAGCUAUUAUCUAGGCUCUGUGGGUUUUGUUGCUUUUAAGAAAGUUCCAAGUUGUGAAAAGAAUGUCUUGAUCCUAAGUUUUAUUCCAAUAUUUGGAUGACAUGAGUUUUAGGGUAGAAUUUUGUUCUGUUUGGAUUGAAUCUUUGAGAAAGCAAAUUCCUCAUUUACUUGUUCGGUUACAGCUCUCUGUUAUCUUUAAGAGAGGAAAACUGCACGUUGACUAGCGUGUUCUGUGAAUCUGCCAUUGUUAAAAACAUUAUAAACACUUGGUUAUUUUCACUGAUGAUUGAUCGCUGCAAUAAAAAUAUAUUGUGAAAAUGCAUCCACAAUAAAUGGAAUUCUUCCAAAUG